ACAAAAGUAUCGAGUACGUACUUGUAUCGGGACAUCCCUACUCUAAUUUUGGACGCCGGUUCAGUUUUAAAAGGACGCAGGUUAGGCAAAAAAUCUAAAAUUUUCUAUAAAAGCAAGUAAAGAAUGCGUCCCACAGAAGUAAAAUUAAAUAAUCCACCUGAAGAUGCUAUAUCUGCAGUAAAAUUUGGACCUAAAACUAAUCAAUACCUAAUUGCGUCCGCUUGGGACGGCACAGUUCGUUUCUACGAUGUCGUGAACAACGCCAUGCGGACGAAGUUCGCAGAGGACAUGCCCGUAAUGGAUGUUGCGUUUAUGGACAUUGUAAAUGUUGUAAGCGGCUCACUGGAUAAACAACUGCGCCUCUACGACGUGAAUACGCACACUGAAAACAUAGUCGGUUCUCACGAUGAUGCUGUUCGUUGUGUGGAAUAUGCAGAGUCUGUAAAUGGUAUUUUAACGGGUAGUUGGGAUAAAACUAUUAAAUUGUGGGAUAUGCGGGAAAAGCGUUGUGUGGGCACAUAUGAACAAAGUAACGGCAAAGUGUAUUCCAUGUCAGUGAAUGAUGAAAAAAUAGUAGUGGCCACCUCAGAUCGCAAAGUUCUCAUUUGGGAUUUGCGUAAAAUGGAAGAGUAUAUGAUGAAACGUGAAUCAUCGCUAAAGUAUCAAACGCGUUGCAUACGUUUAUUUCCUAAUAAAGAGGGCUAUGUGAUGUCCUCUAUUGAAGGACGUGUUGCUGUUGAAUACUUAGAUCCCGACCCAGAAGUACAAAAGCGCAAAUUUGCCUUUAAGUGCCAUCGUGUCAAAGAGGAUAACAUCGAAAAUAUUUACCCUGUAAACGCUAUAAGUUUUCAUAACGUUUACAAUACAUUUGCGACGGGCGGUUCAGACUGUUUGGUAAAUAUUUGGGAUGGUUUCAAUAAAAAGCGUCUCUGCCAGUUCCAUCAAUAUGACACAUCGAUCUCGUCAUUAAACUUCAGUCACGAUGGCAGCACACUGGCCAUUGGAUGUUCUUAUAUGGACGAAUAUGAAGAGCGGCCAGCAAGUGUACCCUAUCCAGUUAUUUAUGUUCGUUAUGUAACUGAUCAGGAAACAAAACAAAAAUAGAAGGGCUAACUGAGAAGAUAGAAACUGCAGCAGUUGGGGCAGUAAUUUAUAAAGAUUUUUAUAUUCACCCAAGGCAUAUUGAUAUGCCUUGUAUUCACCAGAUGUUAUGAUCAAACUGAAGUCCCUUAAUUUUUAUUGAUACUGCGCGCAUAUUUAUUUUAAGAUAUGACAUAGGGAAUGAUCAAUCAAUUUUCAUUGGUAUUUAUAAAACUUAUUUACUUUAAACUAAUAUAUGCAUUUGAAACAAG